GGCUUUGAGUACUAUUGUGUUGUGAAUGGAGUUAGUCUGACAGCUCGGUAUGAGAACGAGAGCUCCAUCCUGUGUACAGUGGGCAGUGGACAAUUCACACUUUUUGCUGGGAUCAGCAGUUCCCCAGUGAUUGCCAUGGUAAUCUGGUCAGCGAAUGACAUCAACCACCCACUGAGCAGCAUCAUGCAACAGACCAAUGUGACACUGUAUGAUUGUCGUGAAAUGGCUAGUAGAUGUUCAGAGUGCCUUGCGUCCAGAAUUGGGUCACAGUUCACAUGUGGGUGGUGUGAGAACAGCUGUGAGGUGACGCAAGAGUGUUCCAAUAGUUUCACUACUGAAGGGGGCAGUUGCCCUGCUCCUGUUAUCAACUCAUUCACUCCAAUGUCUGGACCAGUUGAAGGUGGUACAACAAUCACUGUAACGGGAACUGACCUCGGAGUGACCUUUGUUCACAUUCAAAACGCCAUCCUUACAUUAGGAAAUGUGGUCUGCACUCCCACUAAAACUGGCUACAUACCAGGGCGUCAGUUUGUCUGUGAAACCACCAACUUUGUAACUGGAGGGUCCAAAGAAUUCUCUCUGACUAUUGGCUCUAGAGAGGCCAUCGUAAACGCUGGCUCCUUCACUGCGGUAGAUCCUACUGUCAACAGUAUGACUCCGACCUUUGGACCCAUGGCCGGGGGAACCACAGUGACUGUGAGGGGAACGACACUGGAUGUGGGUAAUCAGAACGACACUGGGGUCUCUCUAGAGGAUGAAGGGUCAAUCUACGUCUGCAACAUAAUAUCUAUCCAAUCUGAUGAGAUUCGUUGCAGGACCACAGCAGGACCCCUCACCUCCAAUGCUUCGGUAGUGGUGUCCAUUGAUGCUGCCAAAGUCAGCAAUCCAAGAGUUGUAUUCAGUUAUCGUAACAACCCCAAUGUAACUGCCGUGUUUCCUAGCAACACCAUUCCCAGUGGAGGUAUCACACUGACCUUCACUGGAGUGUACUUGGAUGUGGUACAACGGCCUGUGUUGGAGGUCUACCAGAAAAUGGGGGAUCUUCUGAUGAGCAACUGCAGUGUUGUGAACACUACCGCCAUCACAUGCUCAACUCCUAAUCUAAUGACGACCUCACUGACCCAACUGGACUAUGCUCUGCUGUUUGAUGAUGCCCCACCCACCAAUCAAACACUCGUCCCAAUCAGUGUCUUUUCAAAUCCCUCUAAUUUCCGGCUGGAGGGUUCUCAAGAGGUCACCAGUGGCACAGCGACCCUCAUACGCAUUGUGGGUGAUAAUCUCGACUCAGUGGAGACCCGUGAGAUACAAGUGACAGUGGGAGGGGAGGAGUGUGCCGAAACACCCAGUGAAUCAAGAAGGAGCGAAGUCAUUUGUAGUGCUCCCUCAGAGCCCCCAGGAGGGGUAAACUCAGCCAUCAUACAAGUGAACAUUGGGAUCAACAUUGCUCACGUAUUGGACCAGCGACUGAACUAUACAGAUCCUGUGGUGGCGGUUCCUGGGGCAAUGGUCCCUCUGGAAAUCAUCAUUCCGAGUGUUUUUGGGGUGGUUGUGAUGAUCGUGUGUGUAAUGAUAAUCACAUUCGUCUGCUUCUAUCGCAACUGGCAGAGGAAGUCAGUGUCCAUUGCUUUGCACGAACAAAUUGUGCAGCUUGUGGCUACCAGUGUUAGAAAAACUCAGGAGGUAGUGGAUGGCAAUACUGCACUUGUUAAAUCAGAGCUCGAUGAGAUUGCUGAGUCCAUCCCAGACUCAUUCAAAAUACCAGCCUCAAUAUUGAAGCUCUCCAGUACUGCAAUAGGACAAGGUGAAUUUGGCAUUGUGUACAAGGGCGUCCUGAUAGACUGGAACAAUGUACCUAUACAAGGGGUGGCCGUGAAAACAUUAAAAAGUCUGUUCUCGUUGUCGGAUUUUCAGAGCAUGGUGUGUGAGGUGAACAAGAUGCAGGACUUUGACCAUCCUCACGUCAUGUCCCUGAUUGGGGUGUGUCUCGAUGCUGGCCCAGGUGUUGCCAUAGUGAUGCCAUAUAUGGCCAACGGGAGUCUCCUCGACUACCUCAAGAGAGAGAGGAGCAGCCUUGAGCUGGAUGAUGACUGUGAGGUUGAUCAGAUUCUGUCAAUGAGGAAACUGCUACUAAAGAUGUGCCAUCAGAUAGCACUGGGAAUGGCCUACUUGGCCGAACAGAAAUUUGUUCAUCGAGACCUUGCAGCCAGAAACUGCAUGUUGGACUCGGGAGGGGGUAUCAGGGUGGGAGACUUUGGUCUGGCUGAGGACGUCUAUGCUAGCGGCUACUUCAGACAGAACAACCGAGCCAAUGUGAAGCUGCCCUACAAAUGGAUGGCCUUGGAGAGUCUCAACGAUGCCAUCUUCACAGAGAAAACUGAUGUGUGGUCGUAUGGUGUGACUGUGUGGGAGGUCUUCAAUGGAGGACGGACCCCCUACCCUGCCGUGGACCCGCUGUCCCUCAUCCAGUUGCUGAGGGAGGGGCGGAGAUUAGAGAAACCUCUCAACACAGCCUGUGCCACCGAGAUUUCUGUGGUGAUGCGCAAGUGUUGGAGGGAGGAUCCAGAGGAGAGGCCAACCUUCUCACAACUGUCCUCCAUUGUGGAGAAACUACUGGCAUCCAUCUCUGACUACACUGAGCUCGGAAUGGUGUUAGUGGACACCAGUCAAGAGGAGGAACAGCUCAAAUAUGACUAUGUACUGACGCCCACUGAAGCUUCUCAUCACUAUGGUAACCUUCCAUCAGCUGACUGUCUAACAAUUGAGAACAGUGCCCAUGGCCUCAAGGAGGAGCAGUUCAACUAUGUGUCCACGCCUACUGAAGCCCCUCAUCACCAUGGCGACCUUCUGUCAGGUAACCCUCUAACAACUGAGAACAGUACGUCUGGCCUCGGAGAAGAAAAUUAAUGACUACAAACAGACAAUAACUUUUGUUUAAUGGCCGAAUGACUCUCCUGUAUAAUAUUAUAAA